AGACGAAGGAAAACUCAAACCCCGAAGAAAAACCGACACCCCAUUACGCAAAAAUGUCUAGGAACUUAAGACCUCCACAACUGAUAGUUCCAGUAGAGGAACAUUUUACGGGACGUAUCACUUGGCGUGACAGUUGGUACUUUCCAAAGAUUAAAGCAAAAUUUAUACAGUGUGGUUUAUUGGAUAGGGUGAAGGAAUCCCCUUUCAAACAGUUCUUCAUGGCGGAGCCAUUAAAUUUUUCUGGUGCCUUAGUCCAUCAGCUGUUGUUGCACAAAUUCAGAGGGGAGAAGAUUGACGAAGUCCAGUUUUAUAUUGGGAAAAAACGAUGUAGAUUUAGCCAAUUGGAGUUCGCUUUAGUUACUGGUUUAAAUUUCGAGGCCGGACCGUCUGAAGCUGAGAUUAAAGCGAAGACCACUUCAGAUCGGUUGAUUCUUGAGUACUUCAAUGGUCAUUCCCCAGUGAGCAUAGGGCAACUGCGCAGAACUUUUGAGAGUUGUCAAAUAGUUGAUGAUGUGUACAAGAUGGGUUUGUGUUUAUUAGUAGAGGGUGUUUUGAAAGGUCGUGAGGAGAAGUUGAUGGUUUGGACUGACAUGCCGAAGAUGGUAGAUGACGUUGACUUCUUUUUCCAGUACCCGUGGGGAAAGAUAUCAUACCAGAAGUUGUUACAAACUUGUCAAAAAGACUUUGUAGAAAUGAAGAAGCAUUUACAGAAAAAGAUUGAGAAAGAAAAGACUCAGAAGGAGGCCAAGUACUCUAUUUAUGGGUAUUCUACAGCAUUACAGUAUUGGGCUUUUGAGUCCAUCAUUGAGUUGGGUCAGGAUUAUGCUGCAAGAUUGGGCCAAGGCAUUCCAAGAAUGAUCAAGUGGCAGAGCAAGAAGAGAGUAGAGAUACACAAAGAGCAACUUAUUAAGUUACCUGAUGAUGUAGAUGAUCACAUUUUUCGCACACCAGAGGAUAUGCAAAUUACUGUAAUCGGAGAUACUGAAGAUUCUGAGUGGGACGCUAGUGGGUAUGAUGGUGUAUACUACCGUAGUUUUUGCCAUAAAGUUACGAUGAUGGCUUGGUGGGACGCUUUUCCAGGUUCUGACUACUCUAGCUUUAGUUGGGAUGACAGUAUAUUGGACCUGGUUAGGGGUGAUGCAGUCCAGUUCUUACCGAGUUGGCAGAACAAGGAGUUCAUUUAUUUUGCCCUCUUCUUGAAAGACCAAUUGCAUUGGGUAGCUGUAGAGGCAGACUUGAAUGGGUGGAUGCUCAACAUCUUUCAUUCCAGUAUUGGAUCAAUUUCCGAAAACGAUUUGAUCAGCUUGAUGGUUGACUGGUGUACCAUUUUCCCGUCGGUCUUGCGACAGUCCGGUUUAUUUGAGAACCAUGACGUUAUACUCGCGCCUCAGUUGACAGCAUCAGAGAGCCAGGUCAGACCCUUCGAUUGGAAACUCACUCCACGUGAAUUCGAACCGCAAACAAAAUCCAGGUGA